AUGAAAAGAACAGUUGAUAUUUACAAAGCAAAUGCGAAGAAACCAAAACAGGCGAUUGGUAGCAAAUCACAGACGUCAUAUGCAGCAUACUUGAAUAGUGAUGUUAAGACCAUUGCUAAAUUGUACUGAUUGUUAGCAUUUACAUGAGGAAGGAAAACCUUACCCAAAUCACCAACAAUUACUUUAUCAAGAAUCUACGCAUUGAACAGACACAGAAAUCCAGUGCCAAACAGCUCAAGACCAAUUUCUCUUAGUUGAGAUAGCCCAGAUCUGCUACCAUUGAUGCCAAGAACUCUUAAAAAAGUACUCUGACUUCUUUAACAAGCAGAAAUAUCCAGACCCUAUGAAUCACUGUAACCCAAGAGAUAGACAGCAGUGGAAUCCACUCAGAAUCUCAUCAAAUAAUAUGCCAAUUAAAAGUAGAAGACCAAUGUGGAUAAAAGAAAUUUAUGGCACAAUUUUGUAACAGAAUCUAUAUUCAUAUUGUACAGCUUAACAAUUCCAUCAUCGACCAAUAAGUGCGCAGAGCUCAGAGUUCAAGUACUCACAACAUGAGAUCAGAACCAAAGAGCGAUCUCAAAUAUAGAUCGGCUCAAUCUUUGCAUUACAAUCGUGAUUUCUUACAAUUCAAACUCUCCUUCAGUAGCAGAACAAGACAAGGUCAAUUGGCAUCCAACCCCAAUAAAACUAAUUAGGACACUUUUAUUUGCGAAACCAACAUCGUCUCUGAUAUGCAUCUCUUCUCUGUCUGUGAUGGUCAUGGUUAAAAUGGGCAUUUUGUUUCAUAAUAUGUUAGAGAUCAUUUCACCAAAAUACUCAAAAGAGAUCAUCAAUUAAAAUAACAUCCCAGACAAGCCAUCGUCAAAUCUAUCUCUGUCCUAGCAAACCUAAUCAAUUAACAACCAUUUGACACUCAAUUCAGUGGCACUACCAUGAAUGCCAUCCUCAUCCAAGAUGGAGGACACCUAAUCUGCUCCAAUGUCGGAGACAGUAGAGCUAUCAUUGGCAAAUUGGGAAACAAUUAAAAAUUCAAACCAUUCCCCCUCUCCAUCGAUCAUAAACCAUGUCUUGAAAAAGAAAUGAACAGAAUCCACAUGCAUGGCGGAAGAGUAGACACCUACUAUGAUGAUCAAGGUAUCAUCUAUUAAUCCAUUAGGUAAUUCGAUCGGACCUGCUCGAGUUUGGGUCAGAGAUGGAAAUUACCCAGGAUUGGCUAUGAGUCGAAGUCUUGGUGAUUAAAUUGCACAAUCAGUAGGUGUGUCCAGUGUUCCUGGUAAUUUAGUGUUAUUUCUAUGUUUGUAGAGGUAUUCGAAUACUAGUUGACUCCUCAAGAUAAGUUCAUUAUUUUAGGAAGCGAUGGAGUCUGGGAAUUCAUUGACAAUCAGAGUGUUGUUGAUAUUGUAGGCAAGCAUUACAUUUAAGGGGAUUUGGAGGGUGCCUGCGAUGAAUUAAUGCAGAUAUCCUAUAAAAUGUGGACUUUAGUAAAUAAUUAUAUGAUUAACAUAGGAAGAUGAUUCAGUUGUUGAUGAUAUUACCUUCAUAGUUAUAUUCAUAAGCUGA